ACUAGGAAAACAGCUGUGGCAAGCUAAAGCUAGUUAGCAUCUUCUGUGUUUGUGUGUCAGCGAUUUGAGUUGUUCCUCGAGCAAACACCCAUCGCACUACUCCGGAGUGACCGACUUUGUUGUCUGUCAUCUCUUUAACGAUGAAGUUUCAGUACAAAGAGGAGCAUCCAUUUGAGAAAAGGCGGUCCGAGGGUGAGAAAAUAAGGAAGAAGUAUCCGGACAGGGUUCCAGUCAUUGUGGAGAAGGCUCCUAAAGCGAGAAUAGGAGAUCUGGACAAGAAGAAAUACCUUGUCCCGUCCGACUUGACAGUGGGCCAGUUUUAUUUCCUCAUCCGGAAAAGAAUCCACUUGCGGGCAGAGGAUGCACUCUUCUUCUUUGUAAACAAUGUCAUUCCACCCACCUCAGCUACCAUGGGACUGUUGUAUCAGGAGCAUCAUGAAGAGGACUUUUUCCUCUACAUUGCCUACAGUGAUGAGAGUGUCUAUGGGAACAGCCAAAGGGAAAUCUGAUCCCCUUCAACUACUACCCACCUUUCUGAGACCUCCACCAUUCAUUCAUUUAAAUAUUAAAUCCAGCUCAGCAGCCUAGAGUUCCCCGAGUAAAUUUGUCAAAUGCACUUUCACCUCUUGUACAUCACCUUUCUUGCAUCUAUCUUUAUUAUUCUGCAGUCUGAAUUGUAUUUUGCCUCCAUUUAUCGUUAGCAACUCUGAUUAUGUAAUCACAUGGCCAGUUAUUUUUCUAGUGUCAUAACCGAUCAAACCUUACUAGAAAAAAAAACUUAGAAGAAAUGAAAAAGUCUUCUUAGAGGUAGGCUGUAAUUAUAGUUACUUCAGAUUAAGGGAAGAAAUAAACAAUCUUUGUUCAAAUCAGUUCUUACUGACCAAAAAAAAAAUGCUGAGUGUCUAUUUUUGCCGCCUGUAAUGUGGAAAAAGGCAUGUUUUGAGUUUAGGUUAGAAAAUCAAUACUUUUCACCAGUUGAAAGUCAGAUAGUUUUGUCUCUGGCAGAGUGAAGGAUAACUGUUUAGCAGCAGUUGUUUUCCUAGAGGAAAAGGUGAACUGUCUAGGUUAUGGGUUGUUUUUUUUUUCUUCUUCUUCUUUCCCUGAUUUCCCAUUUGAAAAAGACUGUGAAUGACAGUGUGAUGUACUGCCCCACAUUUGAUCCCAAGGAGUAAUUAUAGAAUUCAGACUACACAAUCAUCUUCUGCUUUCAGUGGUAAGACUAUUAUGUUGAGUGCUAAUUAUUGUUAUUGUUCAUUUUAGAUGGCUUACUUUCUAAAGAUAUUGUAAAGCUGAGUGCAAUUUUUCUUUUCUUUUUUUUUAAGUUUGUCUCUUUUAAAAAACAAAAAAAAAACAAACCAAAAAAAAAAACACAAAUACAAUUUGAACUCUGUAUACAGCUGCGUAACUGGCUCUUUCUCUCCACUCAUGACCAUACAUGAUAAAAUGUGAUGAAAAUCCA